GGAGUAUUCAAUUCAAGGAAUAUAAUUAAAUUGAAAUAUAUGUUAUAGUACACCCACCGGCUCAUGUUAGCAACGAGCAUCUCCUCUCUCGAUUACACACACUUUCUCUCUUUCUCUUUCUGCGCAACUUGUGAUUAUACUUUUUCCCAAUUCCCUAUCAAAUUGCGUUUUUCAGGGUUUUUGCUUGCAAUCAACAAUUUCCUUUAUGUAUUGUGACAAAGUUGCAUUUUUUAUUCCACCCGUCAAUGAUUGCAUGAAGCCAUGAAAGAUAAUUGUGGAUUUGAAUCAGGAAUCUAGUUUAGGGGUUUGAUUUUGGAGCAACACUUUAGGAAUUAGGAUUGGUGAUUGGUUGGUAAUCACUGAGAAUCAAUUUUCUAUAGUUUUGAAUUGUGAUUGGAUUCUAAAUGGAUGACAUUGAGAAUGAUGCAAUUGCAAGGUAUCCCCCUAACCCAUAUGCUGUUAGUCACCCUCAUAAUCAAGGUUAUGGUUAUCAGAAACAUCCUUUUAGGAAUUCUCCUUAUUCUCGUCCCGUUGUGAAUGAAUCCGCCGAAGAUUUUAAUGGUGGCAAUGAAGAAGAUGAUUAUAGGUUAGAUGGGAAAGAUGAUGUUGUGGAUGAUGAGGAGGAGGAGGAUGCCGUUGAUCGAAAUAGGAGCGUUCGAGUUCCUCUGAAUCAUGUUGAUGAAGAUGAUGAUGUUGAUGAUGAUAUGGAUGGGGAUGGCGAUGAAAAUGAUGAUAAUGACCAACAAGAAAAUCAGGAGUAUGGUUAUCUGAAACAUCCUAUGAGGAAUAAUCCGGAUCCCCAGCCAUUUGAAAAUGAAGGUAACAAUGAUGGAGAUGAAGGAGAUGAAGAAGAUGAAGAGCGGUUAGUAGGGGAAGAUGAAGGUGACGGUGAUGAGGAUGUUGAUCAAAAUAACAACUUUCAGCUUUCCCGAAAUCAUGCUGAUGAAGAAGAUAACAAUGAUGGGGAUGGGGAUGAGGAUAGGGAUAGGGAUGAAGAUGACAAUGACGGGGAUGAGGAUAGGGAGGAAAAUGGUGAUAACAACGACGGUGAUAAUGACAAUAAGCAGAAAAGCUAUGCCAUCAUGAAUGAAGAUGAAUUUGAGUGGCACCCAAAAAAGCAAAAGCUAAAGAGUUUGAUGUCAACUUAUGAAUUUGCAGCUCGGGUGCCGGAACCAUCUGCUGCAGCUUCUUCUGCUACUAAACCAUCUUUUGGGGCUAGAAACUCGCUUAGUGAGUGGACUGAGAAAGAGACAUUUGUUCUUCUUGAUGCGUGGGGUGAUCGGUUUCUUCAACAUGGAAGGAAGAGUCUUCGAUCUGAUGAAUGGCAACAAGUUGCAGAAAAGGUAUCAGAAGUUUCAAAAGUUGAUAGGACAGAUACUCAGUGUAGAAAUCGUUUGGAUACAUUGAAGAAGAAAUACAAAAAGGACAAGAUUAAGUUUUCGGAAAUGGGUGGCGGAGAUAAAAAAUGGGUUUACUUCAAAAAGAUGGAUAAGUUAAUGUCUUCUCCACCGCAACAAGCCGGUUUCUCUUGUGGUUUGGACUCAAGAGAGAGUGUUUUUUUGAAGCCUAGAGUUUUUGCUAAUCAUGCAAAUGGAUUGGAUGACACGAGGGAUAAUCCCGCAAAUACCAAAUCCAUUGGUGUAGAAGGUUUAGAAAGGCCCCGCGCAAAGAAAAGAAGGAAAGGUAGGGGCAGUGACGAGUCUUCUUCCUUCAAAUUACUUGCUGAUUCCAUUCAGAAUUUCGGUAAGAUUUAUGAGAAAAUUGAAAAUAAUAAAAGGCAGCAGAUGAUGGAGCUGGAAAAGAUGAGGAUGGAUUUCCUCACUGAAUUGGAAACACAAAAGAGAGAGAUUUUUGAAAAAUUGCAGAGUGAGAUUUUAAGAUUCGAGCAAAGAGAUGAUUAGAAUGAUGAUUAUGUUGAAUCAGGUCUCUUAAGUCUUAUGCAUUGUAGUUCUCAUUGUUGUAUAACACAGAAUGCAGACACCAGACAGCUUGUUGUUGUAUCAUAUUUGAGGCAUUUUGCCUAUUCUUCAAAUUUCUGAGGCAAUACACUUGCCAGCCAGCAAUGUUCUUUUUACUGGAAUCAGAAUUGGGUUCAGCCAUAUAUUAUCAUUA